CGUUCGUCGUCGCCGGCUUGCUUCGUUGCUGCUACACUACUGGCGCUGCUUACGCGAUCUGCCCAAUCUUAAUCCCACCGAAUCCGAUCCACGUCAGGCCUCUCCGCCGUGUUUAAAGCGCUCAGUCCUCGGGAAGUACUUAGCAAUGAUUCUAGCGCGUCGCUAGCUACUGUCAAGUCACAAGAGCUCUACCACCAUUCUUUGUUAUACGCAUGCGCGUAGGUAGCUGCGGCUCUCUCGUUCGUCAUGGCUAUCCGGUUCACCGAAGAGAACAUCAAGGAGCUCAGGUUUCGGCUCGAAGAUGCGGCAAUGAAAUGCUCCGAACGCUGUUUAUACCAGUCAGCCAAAUGGGCAGCCGAAAUGCUGGAUUCCAUCGUCCCAGCUGAGCAGUAUGAUACCGAUCCCGACUCCCCAAUGGACCUUCCCGAUGCUCCUUCGAAUACCCAGAAUCCGUACCUCCGAUCGCAAGAUUCACUCGAAGCCAGUCUCGAAGCGCAAGAGUCAUACAAGUACCUCCUCGCGAAAUCUUACUUCGACACUCGCGAAUACGAUCGUUGCGCGGCGGUUUUCCUUCCCCCGACCAUCUCCCCCGUUCCUCUUACUUCGACGCCGCCGAAACCGAAAUCCAGACAGUCACUGACCCCGCAAAAGGGCAAAUCAAAAGCGUCGGCAUAUUCAGGUGUCAAGGACCAUAGUGUGACGAGGAACCCAUAUCCUAGGCUCAGUCAGAAAUCGCUGUUCCUCGCGUUGUACGCCAAGUAUUUGGCAGGUGAGAAGCGGAAGGAUGAGGAAACUGAAAUGGUCCUCGGCCCAGCAGACGGAGGAUCGACGGUCAACAAAGAGCUACCGGACCUCGCGCGAGGCCUGGAGGGAUGGUUAGCCGAGCGGCAGGAGAAAGGAUUGGAAGAUCGGAACCAGGGUUGGUUGGAGUAUCUAUACGGUGUUAUACUCCUCAAGGGCCGAAACGAGGAUGAGGCGAAGAAGUGGCUCAUACAGAGCGUUCAUCUGAACCCAUUUCACUGGGGCGCAUGGCAGGAGCUGAAUGACUUGCUUGCGAGCACAGAAGAUUUAAACCAAGUGGUCAAACUUCUUCCGCUAAAUAUCAUGACUCUCAUAUUCCGCGUAUACUGCAGUCAAGAAUUGUAUCAGGCCACUGAAGAUACCUACCAGUCGCUAUCUGAGCUGGAAAUGAUCUUUCCCGCAAGCGCUUUCCUGAAGACUCAAAGGGCUCUACUCUACUAUCACUCGAAAGACUUUGAAGAAGCAUCAAGUAUCUUCACAGACAUUCUCGUUACCUCUCCUCACCGACUUGACAGUCUCGAUCAUUACUCCAAUAUCUUAUACGUGAUGGGCGCUCGUCCGCAGCUUGCAUUCGUCGCCCAGAUCGCAACUGCUACCGACAAGUUCCGCCCAGAAACAUGUUGUGUAGUAGGGAACUAUUACUCCCUCAAGUCUGAACAUGAAAAAGCAGUCAUGUAUUUUCGACGAGCCCUGACCCUGGAUCGGAACUUCCUGUCGGCCUGGACCCUCAUGGGUCAUGAGUACAUUGAGAUGAAAAACACACACGCAGCCAUUGAGUCAUAUCGCCGCGCCGUCGAUGUUAACCGCAAAGACUACCGCGCCUGGUACGGUCUGGGCCAAGCCUACGAAGUACUGGAUAUGUCAUUCUACGCAUUAUUCUACUAUCAAAGAGCGGCGGCUCUACGUCCAUACGACCCGAAGAUGUGGCAAGCAGUAGGAUCCUGCUAUGCGAAGAUGGGCCGCAUCGAACAAAGCAUCAAAGCCCUCAAACGAGCCCUCGUCGCGGGCUCCUACUACGCCGAAGAUACCUCCCAAGUAGGAAUGGGUGGUCCGGAACGCAAGAUCCUGGACCCUGAAACCCUCCACCAAAUUGCCACCCUCUACGAACGCCUAGGCGACGAAGAAGAAGCAGCCACAUACAUGGAACUCACUCUCCAACAGGAAUCUGGCCAAGUGAUACAGGAAGAGGAAGACGCAUCUUCCGACAAUGACAACGACGAUGAUCAAUCCGGAACAGAUGCCCAGUCUAGUUCCAGACGGACUCGUAAGUCAUCUACCCAACACGAUGAAGAUGAAGACACCUGGCACGGCACAGGGGUUACAGCUACCACAUCCAAGGCAAGACUAUGGCUUGCGCGGUGGUCUCUGCGCAACGGAGACCUAGAACGCGCAGACCAAUUAGCAGGCGAGCUAUGCCAGGACGGGGUCGAAGUCGAAGAGGCCAAGGCUUUGAUGAGGGAUGUUCGUGCACGAAGAGAAGGGGAUGAAUAAUCAUCAGCAUCAUAUAUCUGGGAUUUGUACACUAUCUCUAUCUUCCUUCAUUUUCCCCAGGGCUAGCGAGGCGUUUGUGCAGGAGUCACGAUGGAACGAGGUUCAUAAAUAGUUCUCGUAAGUUACAUAUGUGAUUGUCCUGGGGUGGUACCGGUCAUGCAUACAAGCCGGAUGAGAUGUCAAUAAUAUCUAGAUACCCCUAUCAUCUCCAUCUCCAUCUCCAAUCACACUACCAUAGACCUUCAACCAUAAUGCGGCCUAGAACCU